AUCAAGUGGCCUAAGAUGAGUCGGGGGCUCUGGUGGGCUCCUCUCACUCAGUGCCUUGGUGUUUGUGAGACGUGACAACUUGGCGAAAAGAAGACUCACUACUCGUUGCACUGCUUUUACCGAAGGAGAUGCUUUAUUAGCGUAACGCUCUCCAGGCUAGAAGUCUAACGGAACGCGGGGAAACCUCCUCUACCACUACGGCAGACUUCCCACAACAUACUGCAGGUAUCACGAUAAGAAAGAAGCAGAAACUAAUCAAAAAUUUGAAAAGAAAAGUGGAAAACGAACUUACUAGUCAGUAUGUUAAGACUGGAAAAUUAUCGAUCAUGUAAGAUGCAUAAAAGUAUGAAUGUUCAUCUUGACAAUCACUUAUAAAGUAAGUGUCCAUCUUGAAAAUUACUUGUAAUCACUUGAAUUUAUUUGUGACUGAAAUAUACUCGAUAAACAAUAAUGGAGCACUUGGAAGUGAUGCCAAUAAGCAUGCGAGUAGUGUGCUUGAAUGCGCCUUAUCUAAAAUCCUUGUGUGUAUUUGAAUCCCUCUCGCGUAGCUUGGGAUGUUACUACAACCAUCACAGACCUCAGGUUGUAUCCUGCUACACAACUGUACGGCUACCAGCCCCAAGGAUAGUAAAAGUGCGAGGUCACGCAUCACAUGCCCACACGCCGUGCGAUAUCCCAACUAUUCAAACAACAAUCCAGAUGGGAACAUAUCUCGCAUUCUACCUAAAAGACUGGUCUGAGAUUCACAAGUGUCAUCUGAUCAUCAAUGGGAUUGAAAAAGUAUCGAAAGCCAAAGCUCCGGUGCCACCAAACAUUCUUCUCGAGAGAAUCAUCGACAGCAAUCUUCCACCUUCAAACAUAGAUCAAGAGAAAAACUUCACAAACGAGAGCCUUAAUAAUUCUCAAGAGGGGACAAGAUUUAACAAAGACUUAUUAUCGAAUAACACUAACAAUGUGACUAUAGUGAAUGAAACGCUGCUCUCAAAUACCACUCAAGGGAUUGCCCGAGUUGCUGAACGACUGUUUUCCAGUGCUAGAAUCUCUGAAAAGGUAUUUAAUGCAAACACACUACCAAAGCCCAGACGAAUAAUAAAAAGCUUUCCUGAAAAGGACAGAAAUGCAUACACCACCACCAGUCACAAGCAUUCAAAUGCCACACAGAAUGGCAAAAUGCACUCGAUAGAUAACUAUCCAACAAAAUUGCAAGAAAAGGACAGAAAGAGCAACAACGAGAAGGAUAACAGGGAGAAACCAAAUACCAAUACUAUCCUCACUAUCAACAUGGAUCAGUCAGAGGAGAUAACGACUCUGCUCGAUGAUGACAACGACGACGACAGCGAAUACACUUCUGAUACAUCAGACGACCUUCAUAAGGUUGUGAGAAAACGCCUGUCAGUUGACAUAACGUCCCUUCUCCAUCCAUGUCCCGGAAACAAUAUUUUGGUAGUGCUUAUGAAGCCAGCAGAAGAAUCUCAAGCAUGGCAAUUCCUAUCUGCGUGCAUGAAAGUGACCCAUUUCAGUACAAAGGCAUUGGUAACACAAGGAUCUGGGACAAUCAAGAAAGCUCUAACCAGAACAAGGCCACUAUACUUCUCCAAAAAUGGGAAUGCACAAAGGCUAUGAUAGUGACCAUACUUAAAAACUAUUAUAAGGACAAAUCAUCUGACAAUUCACUUGUUUCGUAUUUCAGGACAAAUCAUCUGACAAUUCAUUUGUUUGUAUUUCAAAGUACCAAAGUGACUUAUCUAUAUUGUACAGUGCAAUAAUUAUAAAUAAAAAAUGCUAAUAA